AUGGCUUCCAAUGAAAGAGCAAAACGAGAUACAACAGAUCGAAAUCUCUUAAACAAAAUUCUCAAUGAUUUAGAACGUAGUGAUAAAACUGAUAAUCAACGAUUAGAAGACAAAGCGUUAGAUGACUUUCAAUCAAAAUUUAGUAGCAAAGCAAAAUUUUCAAAUAAUCUUGAACAUAAACAAUUCGUUAACAUUUCACGUUUUAUUAUAAAGAAGAAAUUACUUAAUCCUGCAAAUAAACUAUGUUCAUUAUCAGUAUUUUAUUGCUUACGAAUUUUACUUCGUGAUCCUGACUAUCAACUUAUUUUUGUUAAGGAAAAUGGAAUGAUUGGCUUAAAAAAUCAAAUGGAUCUUUAUCUAAAUAUUCAUUCAACAGAUCAAUGUGAUAGUAGUAGUAGUAGUAGUGAAGUAAACUUAGUAGCGUGUAAAAUACUUGGACAUAUGCUUAAUAUUCUUCUUAAAUUAAUAAUGCAUACACCAAAUCAUGUUGAAAGAGAACAUAUUGUAUCAAGUGAAAUAAUUGAAUCAAUAACACGUCUAUUGAAUAAUACUCAAGAUCUAUCAGUUCUACAGAGUAUAUUAAGAUUAUUAAUUAAUAUGAUUGAUCAAACAGAAUUAUAUGUUAAAGAAAUAAUUAAAUCAGAAGCAAUUGAUAGUUUAUUACAAAUAUUUUUAUACAAAGAUCUCGAAAUAAAACAACUUUCUUUGCAACUUAUGUCCAAUUUUCUUGGUCAUCCAGAAGGACGAAAAUGUAUUUCACGUAUACCAAACGACUUUCUUGAUGCUUUUACUAGUCAUUUAAGUCAUAAUAAUGUAAAAGUGCUCGAUCAUGCUAUUUGGUGUUUAACUCAUUGUGCUGAAAAUGAAGAUAAUCGACGGCGAAUUCGUCUAACAGGAGCAAUUCCAUUGUUAUUAUCACUUCUUGAUAAUGGAAAUCGUUUUUUUGAUUUUGCGGUACCAUCAACGAACAAUAAUCAACGGCAAAGUGGACAGAGUUCAAAGAGAAACACACGUGAUGAUGCAGAAGCAGUUUCACGUUUUGAUCAAUUAUUCGAUAUGGAAUCAGCUUGUUGUACUUGUCUAGCCGAACUUUCCUUUGAUUAUACUAAUGGACAAACUGUGAUUGAACGAAAUGGUAUCUAUAUCUUAGCAAUACUUCUUUUUUCUGAAAGUGAAGAUGUUCAACGAUUAGAAAAAUUUAAUCAUCUUCAGCGUACGGUAUUUCGAACAUUGCGAUAUUUAUUUUCAUUAAAUAAAAAUCGUGAUCAAUAUAGACGAUUAUUUCCGACAAAAAUCUUCGAAUUAUUUCUUAUUAUCGGAAAUUUUCAACGUGAUCUUAAUGCUUAUAAACCUGUUACAGAUGCAUGGAAUGCAAUUCCUAUUGAUGAUUUAAAUAAAAUAAAGCUUGAACGUCUUCAAUCACUAAAUCCUAAACAGGAACCAACCAGGUUCAUUCGUGAUUUUGGUGUUUAUGAAUGUCUUGGUUCAGGAGCAUUUGGUUCGGUCUAUCGAGUUGCUCGACGUGGAACAGCGACAAUGUAUGCUCUUAAAGAGAUUGAUAACCGUUCAAUAGCAACUGAUACUGAUCGUAGUUUAGGACAAAAAAUAAAUGAAGUUAAAAUUAUUCGCGAAGAAAUGCGUCAUCCAAAUAUCGUCAGUUAUUUUAGAAUAUUUGCUGAAAAUGAUAAAUUAUAUAUUGUCAUGGAAUUGAUAGCUGGAUCAUCGUUACAAGAUUAUUUAUCAUUACUCAAAGAAACAAAACGAUCGAUGACAGAAGAACAUAUUUGGAAUGUUUUUGUACAACUUAUACUUGCAUUAAGAUAUUUACAUAAGGAAAAAACAAUUGUGCAUAGGGAUUUGACGGCUAAUAAUAUUAUGUUAGAUGAUGAAUAUCGAGUUAAAAUUACUGAUUUUGGUUUAGCUAAAUUACGUGAUACCGAUUGUAGUAAAAUGAAUUCAGCUGUUGGAACACUAUAUUAUGCAUGUCCUGAAAUUAUUCAACAUCAACCAUACAAUGAAAAAGCUGAUAUAUGGAGUUUAGGUUGUGUGCUUUAUCAUAUGUUAACAUUAGCUCCACCAUUUUAUACAUCCAAUAUUCUUUUAUUAGCAAGUAAAAUUUGUUCAGGCGAAUAUGAUGAAACGCCAUUAAAAUUCUAUUCCGAUCGCAUACGACAAAUUAUAAUUGAAUGCUUAUCUAUCGAUCCACAACGCCGUCCGGAUAUUUGUUCUGUAGCUAUAUUAUGUACCGAACAAAUAAUGUUGUAUACAGAUCGUUCGUGUACAACAAUUCAAACGUUAGAAAAACGUUUAAGACAACAAGAUCAUCAUCGUGAAUUCGAUUUAAUAAGACAACAAUCCCAACAAUUACAACAACAAUCUAGUUAUCAACAAUCAUGUCUGAGUGGUUCAAGCACAAAAGAAUCUUUAGGCGGGAAUAGCGGUGGCAUUGCUGAUGUUAGUUUUGACGGAGCCGAUGGGCAGCACGAUGUCAGUAAACCAGAUGCAUUUAGUGCUGUUUCUGAUUGUGAAACACCUGACGCACCAGCAAAAGAAUUUACAUAUAGUAAUGCUCCACAACCGCCAAGUGGUCCAAUAAGACCAAAUAAUAUAAGACGUCGAUAUGCUUCGGAACAAUCAUUAAAUUCGAAUGAAGCUCGAUCACCUGAAUUAUCCAAUACAUCAUUUGAAAGUAAUUAUGAUAGUAUUAAUCUAGUGCAACAACAUGUUCCACCUACUUCUGGCUCAUCGAAUAUGGAACGAAAACAAAGUCCAUUUACUCGUUCACGCCAAACAUCGUCUGGAUCGAUAAGUAUAUCUCAAAGGCGACUACGACCUACGGAUCCUGUUAGUCAAUUACUAGAUAUAGUUCAUAAACUAGUUUACAUUUCCUUUGUACCAUCGAAUACCAAUAAUAAUAAAUAUCGUCGUCUUAUUGAUCGUUAUAGAACUUUUUUAUUUUCAAAAGCUUCAUCACAAAAUUUAAAGAGCGAACUAUCAAAAUUAUCAAAUCAUUUAACUGAUUGUAUCGAAUUCGAUAGUGGAUUUGGAAGACAAGGUAUUGGUUUACAAUCAUUAGCGAAUUCAUCUCGAUCAUCAUCACCUAGUCCGUCGAAUCUAAAAAAUGGUAAAAGAUUUCCAUCAAAUAAUUUCAUCGUUAAAUUUAAAACUUUUCUAGUUGAUCUGAGUAUUUCUGAUAGUAGCGGAUCUGUUACCUAUGAACAAAUGAUGACAUAUAUUGAACAAUAUCUUCAAGAAACAGAUUACUAUAAAGAUACAUCAAUGUCUCCAUCGCCCAGUGAGUCUCUACCGCCAACCGUUCAACGAAGUCAACGACCACCAUCCGGCAAAAGAUAA